AAUGGCGGCUGACGAAAAAUGGUACUUUACGAAAGAACAGCUUACAAACACGCCGAGCAGAAGAUGCGGCAUCGACGCGGAUAAGGAACUGAGCUACCGGCAGCAGGCAGCGAAUUUCAUUCAGGAUAUGGGACAGCGGCUCGUCGUGUCACAAUUAUGUAUCAACACAGCAAUAGUGUAUAUGCACAGGUUCUAUGUAUUCCACUCGCUGUCACAUUUCCACAGGAAUGCAAUUGCAGCAGCUGCAUUAUUUUUAGCAGCAAAAGUGGAAGAACAACCACGCAAGUUAGAACAUGUUAUCAAAAUGGCCCAUAUGUGUCUACACAGAGAUCAGCCCCCACCUGACAUCCGGUCUGAGCAAUACCUUGAACAAGCUCAGGAUCUGGUUUUCAAUGAAAACGUCCUACUACAAACAUUGGGGUUUGAUGUCGCCAUUGAUCAUCCCCACACACAUGUUGUUAGAUGUUGUCAACUGGUUAAAGCGAGCAAGGACUUAGCCCAGACUUCAUACUUCAUGGCAUCUAACAGUUUACAUUUAACAACCAUGUGUCUGCAGUACAAACCAACGGUGGUUGCCUGUUUCUGCAUACAUCUGGCUUGCAAAUGGUCCAAUUGGGAGGUAAAUAUUCCACAAAGUACGGAAGGGAAACACUGGUUUUGGUAUGUCGACAGGAGCGUAACUUCCGAACUUUUACAAGAGCUUACAGCAGAAUUCCUUCAUAUAUUUGAUAAGUGUCCAUCGAGAUUGAAAAGAAAAAUAAUGAGCAUAUCUGCCAAUCAAAGUCCAAGCAUUAAUCACCCUAGUUUACCAAAUUCACCUUUUGAUGCAGAACCGCGUAAAGUACAGUCUCCUGCGACGAUCGACGGUGGACCUACAUUCCAUACGAGUCGACCUCAUCAUACGGAGAAACAAGAAGAGAAGAAACAAAUUGUUCCCGCGCCUACUAGGCCUCCCGUCGACUACAGGGAAUAUCGAGAGAAGAAGGAACGCGAACGUUUAGAAAGAGAAAAGGCGACGGCACCGACGACGGUACCGCAGACUCACGCGUCGGAUAUCAACAAGCAUCAUUCGCAUCACCAUAAACCUGUAUCUAGUACAAACGUGCUGAACAAACAUCCAUUGCCUCCAGGACAGAAGACGCUUCAUCAUAAUCAUCAUCACAGGCCAGAAGUUAAAGUUGGACAGCCGGUACCUCAGAGACAUUCUAGUAGUACUCAAGCUAGGGAACCAAAUCGUGAUCCUAAUAGGCAGAGGUUACAAAGAGAGUACAAUUCGAGCACUGGUACAAGUAGCAGUAGUAAUAAUAGUAGUACUCUUCAUUCUCAUAGUCAUACGAUGCCGAAAGAUCCGAAUUUGGAUGGUAAUUCGUUAACGGAUUCCACCGCUCACAGACCGGACGUCGGAAGCUUACAAGAUCCAGUUGCCCAUGGAAACAUGCAAGAAAAACUUAGUAAUAAUAAUCAUAGCGUGCACAGAUUAAGUGGGAUAGAAAAUAAGCAUCAGGGUCACGAUAAAAGGAUGUACGAUCCGAGGCAUAAACCCGUAGAACAUAGAAAGGAUAACGAACAAAAACCAUACAAAUAUCCGGAUCCAACGAGAGUCGAACGGCAAAGAAAGUCCGACACGUUGGAACAAAGAUGCGAAGAAGUGAGAAAACUUAUCGAGAAACCAUUACCUCCGCCGAAACCUGCCCUCGAUGUACCAUACGCUUCAAACACACAAAAACAACCAGCUCAUCACGCUAAAUACAAUCAGUCGGAGAAAUUGCAGACCGGUAGCGGUUCUAUACCGAUCGAAGCGAAGCUCACGACCGCGCAGAGUUCGUUCACGCAAGAGAAAUCACCGACUAGUUUCACUGCGACCUGUUUGCUUGCUCAGAAAUCGUUGCCGACGAAGACUGUAACCAGUCAGCAUACCGCUCACGGUGUGUCGCAGAUCUUAAAGGACACGAUUAAGAACGGCAGUUCUCAGUCGUCGAGUUUAGCGUCUUUGAACAACGUCGACGAUCCGAAAACUGAGAAGCGACCGCGGUACGACGAACUAGAUAAAUGUUCGUCGGACAUUCAACAUAGUAUACUCCAUACACCUUCUGGCAAGCCAAAAUCGCUGUUCAGUCCGGAGAAGGUACCGACGCCUCGAGAAUCCCACUCGCAAAGGCCUAAAUCUAAACAAAAGACGCCACCCUCGGCCGCAAAAGUUCCUAAACAAGAACGCGUACCAGAUACGUCGAUAGGUUUUAAUUUAGUAUCACCGUUCGCGAGCCCGCCGGGCUUGCAACAAAUAGAAACUCAAUCGGUUAAACGAUCAGCCAGCGAUGUCUCGACUACCUUCCACAAGAGGCAUCGCGCCGGCAGUACUACCGAUAGUGGACAGCAACAAGUGAAAGUGAAAAUGGAGGACACGUCCAGUUUCGAGGCUGUUAAGAUGCUCGGUAGGGUACCAGAACUUAUACAACCAAUUAGAGACAAUCCUUCGGCGAACGGUAGAGCAACUCAAAUCGCGAACGACAUGAAACCGCCGGAGCUUAUAAAACCGUUCGAAGCCGAACUAACGAGAUCGCGUUUCGGUGCAGUGGCGACGCAGCAACAGACUAUGUCGUCGAAUCAGCACGGUCUUACCAAUGGUUUGGACGCGAAUUUAAUUGCGAAGCAAGAAUCGCAAGAAUUCCAAAUUAAGAAGGAACCUUACAAGACAGACGUACCGAUGAAGAUCGAACAUUCGCAGAUCAAAGGUGAAUAUUUAUCUCCAAUGAAAUCUGCUCAAAGUAUAAGUGCCCUGCUUCAGGAACCUUUAGCACCUUUGCCAUCGUUGCUGCAGAGUAUGCACCAAUUUAGUCAAAUAACCACGCAACAAAUUCAUCAGGAACAAUAUCACCAACAACAACAGCAUUUGCAACAACAGCAGCAGCAUCAUCAUCAUCAUCAACAACAACAGCAGCAAUCUUUAUCUCAUUCUAUGUUAAUGUCGGAUCAUCAGAUGUCUCUUCAGAAUCAAUGCCUCGCUUUGGCAUCGAUCAGCGAGCCUGUUAUCGCCUCGACCGUCGACAUAAGCGCUCUUUCGGAACCCGUGCAAACCAGCACAGAGUCGAUGCUUCCUGUACCAACGUCGACCACCUUAACCCCUGCUCCAGCUGUCGAAGAGAAGAGGUCGGAGCAUCGGAAGAGCGAGAAGAAGAAGAAGAAGGAGAAGCAUAAACACAAAGACAAAGAGAAGAGCAAGGAGAAGCACAAACACAAGCAUAAAGACAAAGAGAAACAUCGCGAGAAGGAUAAAGAGAAAGGCGAUGAAACUGUGUCAGCUGUACCGAUCAAAAUAACGAUCCCUAAGGACAAGUUGAACCUGAGCACCGAGUCGAGCAGCAGCACGGUUGGCGGAGCCGCGUCAGCGGAGAAGAACAAAUCCCCUCAGAAUACCAGCAUCAAAAUCAUCAUACCUAAGGAACGGUUGAGAACCGACAACGUGUCCAGUUCACCGGCUCAGUCGGUCGUUCAGGCACCGUUGAAGAUCAAAAUCCGUACGGACGGUAUCUCGAGGAGUUCCGCGGCUGCUCCGUCCACCACGACGACCAGUACGAGCAGCAUUGUUCCGGAUUUCUCGACAGAGGGCCGGAAACGCGAUCGUUCCGACGCUAAGGAGAGCCAAAUGACCAAUCAGCCAACAACGAAGAAGCAAACGCAGGUCACGUCGGCGGGUUACGGGCAGCAUCGACCAGGCGAACGGCAGAACGGCAGACAUUAUAGCUCGGGCAGCAAUAACAAGGAAAAACACACGUCUAGCCACCACAAAAGUUCCAGCAAAUUCUCGCAGUCCCAGCACUCUCACACCUCGUAGUAUCCGGAUGUCGGUAGAAGAGGAUAUUGGUAAAAAAAGAAAAGUGUCGCAGAAGCCCUCCGAAGUGACCUGACCCGCCUCGAAGAAGAGGAAUUCAUCCAGUUUCUUCGUUUAUCGUGUGUCGAGACUCGAUGGAAUCCACGCAGUUUUCAUCGUCGUCCUAGUUUUCUCAUCCUAGAUGAUCAAGAGGAGUUCUUCUCGACUAUAUAUAUAUAUAUAAAUCACGACGAGGGAAAGUUCUUGCGAUUUUGCUCGAAGAUCAAUCGAGGAAGAUGCAAAGCUUGCUGGCGCCUUUUACGUUGGCCAAAGUUUUAACGUAAUUCAAACAGCGAUUAUAAUGCUUUCGAGUAGAACGCGAGUACAGAAAAAAGAGAAAUAAUGGUUGAUAUAGAAUAGGAUAAAUUUGGCUGAUUUUUAAUCAACUUCGCGUAUAUUAUAAAAUUCAAUGUCUCGAGUAAUUUGACUAUACACAUAAUUUUUAUUUUGAUAGUUAUACGACUUUGAUAGUCGAGUAAUUACUUUUUAAUAUAAUGCCUGAAAUGCUUCCAAUUUCUGGGGAUAACGGUAUAUUAAAAAGUUCAAUAGGAAUUUUAGUUUUUAUUUAUUAAUGUAAGAGUAAACAUCAAAGUUAUGGAGAUCCUAACGAAAAAAUACUUGGAACAUUGAUAUUUAUAAUUUACAUUAAGCUAUUGAUAUCAUCGAACUUUAUUCUGUUCUAUAUAAUUACCAAAUAAUGUUCUUACUCAGGUCAAAUUAGGUACACGAUUAGUUAAGGAGAAAGCAAAUUUCACUUCGUCCCGGGUCAUUGGAUUACGUGACUGAUUUUCACUAAACCUUGUGCAUCCACUGUACAUCGUUCUUUAUUGUAUCUGUACGUGUUAUAAGAUAUCAGACGAAUUCUUUUCUCUCAACGAGAUGCGAAUACUUGAAAGAAUACGUCUCGUAUCAAGGUAGCCCUUAGGAUCUUUCAAAGUUCUGAUUUUCACUCGAAGUUGUCUCUGAUUUAUACCCAUCAUUUUUAUAGUAUAAUAUUUAGUUGAAAGUACACGCAUGUUAUUUUUUAAUUUCAUCCCUAGGGCUACCAGAUCUUUUUCUUUCUAUUUCUUAUCCCGUUCAACUGCCACGUUUUCUUUUCUAUGAAGAAGCGCAAGACUAUGCGCCGUUAAUUUAAUAUUAAAUUGAUCGUCGAUCGAUUCGUUAGACAGGGACGUUCUUUAAAUAGAUCGAAGGAUCAACGAGUCGAACAUUAGAAUAUAGUAAUAUCUGUGUACGUUUAUAUCUAGGCAAGUUUUUCUUUACACGUUCAGUGGAUUAGAAGCACAAAUGCCUUGUGUACGACGUUCUUUAUCGAUGAAUCGAAAGAGCUCAAUCAUUGUACGCGUAUUUUCUUUUUCUUUUUUUUUUUUUUUUAUUCAUCAUUUUUAACCGAUCGAUUUUCGUGCUUUCUUUUUACAUAUCAUCAUGCAUUUAACGAGCUUUCGUUCCCUUUUAUCGUAAACGUGUAGAAUUAUGGAUUCAAAAAUUGAUGAAUCCACUCGUUUCACUCAAUGUAUAUAUAAAGAUUCAUAAUUGUUAAUCGUAUAGAUAUCAUUUCGGCUGUUCCCUAGCUAGUUUUCAUUCGUCUCAAACAGUUUUCUACGGAUCCGCGUGUCCCUUACCAACGAAUCGUUUGUGCGAGUAAAUGCACACCGAAAGAAAAACUUGGUCCAUUGUCCAAUGAUAUUUAUUCGUGCCGUUUUUGUUAUGUAAAUAGCCGAAGACCGCAUAAUAUAGUACGUAAUUGAAACUAUAUUAUCCGCCACUUUAGCAUUAAAGGACUAUAGGUAAAUAAUUAAUAAUAUUAUCGUCAGACUGUAAAUAAAAUUAUUUUGUAUGCCAAAAUAAACCAAAUGAAUGACUCGACACACAACGGUUACACGAUCGCGUUACGCCACACGUUAUGAUUAAUCUAUAUAGAAACAAAACAAGACAGACAAAAUGGUAACAAAAUUAAAAAAAGAAAAAAAAGGAACACAAUGGUACAAGUUGUUGCAGUACGACGCGCAAUGAAACGAUGAGACUACUACGUUAUUAUAUUAAUAUUGUCUUCUUCACUCGUUCAAAGUACCAUGAAUUUUGCGCAUAUAUUUAGCGACACAUAUACACAUACACACACAAGUUUAAAUACUCGAUUCUAUCCUCCGCAUAGUAGGUAUUAUUUUUUAAGAAGAAAAUACCACAAUUGCGAACGGCCGUGCGUACUGUAUCGAAAAAAAAAAAAAAAAUGUUAUCACUGGUUUUCACGCAUGUUUCGUACCGAGCAUUUGUUUGUCGCGUUGUCUAAAAGCAACGCGAACCUGCUCUCGUUACAUAAUUAUUAACAUUAACAUUUAAUAUCGAUAACAUAAAUAACGAUUAUUCUAAAUAACAUCCAACAAUGAUAAUGAUAACACGAUAAGAACGCAAAGAAUCAAGAAGAGGAACGAAACUGUGAAACGCCUGUAUUGUGUUUUUCGUGAAGAGAUAUCUGGAAUUCACGCAAUUAGCCAUUCUUCGUCGUUCUUUCUGUAUUGUGCAUAUCGUGGUUGCGCACCAACGUUCGGGAACGUGCACGAAGAAAUUGUAUUUAUUGAUUAUAAAGAUAAGUCGAUCGAACGUAACUUUAGAAUUGUAUUCGACUGUCAAAUGCCUUUUCAAAGCGUUUGUUCAACGAAAGAAAAGAUAAAAAAAAAAAAAACAUAACAAAAGGCGUGUUAGCAAUAAAUGUUCCGAAGCUUUCUCGGCGCGAUAAAAUACACGUUACGCUCGUCGUUCGUCGAACAAUAUUGCAAGGAAUAUUUUUUAUUCUUAUUACGAUAAGUGGAGAGAUCGACGAGCCUAUUUUAUCACGCCGACUAUAUGUAUUUUCGUAUUGUCCCGUAGCCGAGAGCAAUCGUAACCUCAACUUAGAAAUGUACGUAUUAAAUCUCUGAAACGAGAUUCCAUCGAGCAUUUCUUCCUUCAGACAAGUUUCUCUCGUUUUCAUAUCCCAUCGAAUCUUUCAGUGGUUCAUUAUUAGUUUUUAUUUUUCUCUUAAGUAUUCUCUUGGCUGUGUGGUACAAGCGACGUUUAUUGCUAAUUGUUUUCGAAUAAUGUGUGUAUCUGUAACACAAUUGUUCAUCGUUCAGCGACACGGAAAGAAAGUGAAAGAAUGAAUUAUUAAAAUAAAAUAGAAGUGGCGACACACGGAACACGUUUGUUAGUCGCCGAAUCUUCUGUCGAAGAUCGAAACGGAUUUGCUUGAUAAAGUUGUUAUAGAAAAAUUUAGUUGUACUCCUAAGAAAGAAGGGAACGAAAACGAUACGUUUGCAAGUGAAAGCAGUUUCCGUUUCUUUGUUCGAGAAACGAAAAAAAAGUAAAAUAGAAAUGCACACGAAUUCGAUCGAGAUGAAAGAUGAAGGAUUUUUUCUUUUUUUUUUUUUUUUUUCUCUCUCUCUUAAGGGACGAACGGGAGUUAACCGAAGGAAUCGUGUCCGCGAUGUAAAUAAAUUUAUUCUUAAGGACUUAAACUGAAACGACGAUUCGUGGAGAGUGUAUACUUAUUAUUAUCGUUUGCAAGUCGUGCAUUUGUAUUUCACGCGCAUGCCAUCGUGCUGCGUAUCGUGGAUACACGCUCGAUCUCGGAAGUCCUCAGCCGUGAUUAAACAUCGUUUAAAAAUUUGUUUUCUUGAUAAAUGGAAGGAGAAUUUUUUUAAGUACGUUCACUCGAAGAGCGAAACGAAUAAUUCUGGGUAUAUUCAGUUCGAAACUGUACAUUUUUUAAAUACAAAUUUUUUAUUUCUUGGAAGUAUUAGAUCCCACCUUACGAUUAAAAAGGUGCCAAUAAUUCUUCCAAUUGCGAGUGCAAUCGUUAAUUUUGCGAAGAAAAGAAAUCAAUCUUGAAUAUGGGUAUUUUAGUUUUUAAAGAAAAGUUUAAUGAAAUAGAAAAUCUUUUUACUUUAAACUUUCGUGACUGACGACUUUUGGGAUUCGAGAUAAGCUUGCCUAGUUUCGGGCAGCGUUUAAAAAAAGUUAUCCUCAAUAAAGAGAGAAGCAAAAGAAUGAUUAAAACGAA